AUGGACACCUACUACGCCUACGGCCAAGCUGCGGUGCAGCCAGUCUUAGUGACAUACCGUCCUUCCAAACCCGAAGACUGGGAGCCGUACCGGGACACCAUUGCCCAUCUCUACAACACCAUGAACAUGAAGUUGAAAGAUGUCAUGUCCGAAAUGGAGGCGACCUACAACUUCAAGGCGACUGAGAAGCAGUACAAGACUCAAUUAAAGAGGUGGAAUCUCGACACCAAGUACAUCAAGGCCUCUGAGUACAUGUUCAUGAUCAAGACGAUGCGCGAGCGCCAAUCCGAACACCCACCAAAAGAGACGCGGUUUGUUCUACGGGGAAGAGUGGUGGACCCCAAAGACAUUGCUCGGUUCGAGAAACGGGCACAGAAAAAGGGAACCAUGAAGGAAGGGGUUCCCAUUGAGUGCGACGAACUCGUCGAAGACUUAGUUUACGGCACGCCACCUCCAGAAGAUGCAGCGUACCACCAAGCGGCGUACGCGGAGGCCUAUGCAUCGUACCAAUACGAAUCUACCGUCGACUACUCCUACUCGUACUGA